CGGGCUGCACACUGCCCCCCUCCCCCCCCCCCCCCCCCUCUUCUUUCUUCUUCUUCUUCCUCCUCCUCCGCCUCCUCCUCUUCCCUCUUCUUAUCCCACUCCCAAGGCUUCUCCCUCAACCCACGCACUCCCAUAAUGCAGUACUCACAGAAACUAGAUAUAUAAGAGAGACAGAAAGUGUUCUUUUUCUUGGGAAUUCAUUCAAUCCUCUCUUUCUUCUUCUGUGACACUUGGGUUGGGUUUUGGUAUUUUUCUUCCCAUUUUGAGCAUCAAUUUCAUUCGGGUUUUGUUUUCUCCACCUUUCUUUUGAUGGGUUCAGAGGGGGAAGGAAGAUCGAAGAAGAUUGUGAAAGAUCCUGGGGAAACAGGGGAACGAACUGGGAAAUUGUACAGAGUCGGAACGUCCUCUGUUUCUUCCUUUAACUCUAAAGUUUUCUGCUACGUUGAACCACUGCUUAAGCUUCUAGAACUUCUUGUGUAAACUUCAAACAAAUUACGCUUUAGGGGGUUACUAUAACUAUUUGAUCCAACUUUGGGAGUUGUUUUCUUAAUUUUCUUCCGUCAUGAAGAGGCAUGGCAGCUCAGAUUCCUUGGGUGCUUUGAUGUCCGUCUGUCCUACUUCAGAGGAACAGAGUCCGAGAAACAGCCACGUUUAUGGCAGGGAGUUUCAGUCGAUGUUGGAUGGCUUAGAUGAAGAAGGCUCCAUCGAAGAACACUGUCAUGUGGGGGAGAAGAAAAGGAGACUCAGCGUAGAUCAAGUUAAGGCGUUGGAGAAAACAUUUGAGAUCGAGAACAAGCUCGAACCGGAGAGAAAAGUGAAGCUUGCUCAAGAACUUGGCCUGCAGCCAAGGCAAGUUGCUGUUUGGUUCCAAAAUCGCAGAGCACGUUGGAAAACUAAGCAGCUCGAGAGAGAUUAUGGCCUUCUCAAAGCCAAUUAUGAAUCUCUCAAGCGUAGUUUCGAUACCCUUCAGCAGGAUAAUGAUGCUCUGCUCAAAGAGAUCAAGGAAUUGAAAUCCAAGCUUGAAGAAGAGAAGACGGAGAGCAAUUUGUCAGUGAAAGAAGAGAUUUUCGUGUCGGAAUCCGACAAUUUACUAAUUGAACAGACAACUAAUCAUCUUCCGGUGGAUCAUAUUUCUCUUCCCGUUGCUUCGGAUCAUUCCGAUGACUUCAACUACGAGAGCUUCAGAACCGUCGGCGCCGAUGACGGCGAUGAUCAAAGAGUUGAAGUGUCGUUAUUCACUGAUUUUAAAGAUGGGUCGUCGGACAGCGACUCAAGCGCCAUAUUGAACGAAGACAACAGCCCAAACGCCGUCGUUUCGUCAGCGACUGCUGGAAUGCUCCAAAGCCAUCACCAAAUUCUGUCGUCUCCGGCGACGUCUUUGAACUGCUAUCCGUUUCAAAAGGCUGCUUAUAAUAAUGCACAACAAUUCGUGAAAAUUGAAGAACACAAUUUCUUCAGCGGAGAAGAGACCUGUAAUUUGUUCUCCGAUGAACAAGCCCCCUCUAUGCAUUGGUACUGCCCAGAUCAGUGGAACUAAAAAUAAUAUCAUCCCCCGAUCACCGGAGUAAAAUCUAGUGUUGGUAAUUCGCAUUGUGCAGAAUAAUAAAAUUAAAAAAAAAAAAAAAGGAAGAAAACUGUGGGAUUGGUCGGAUAGGGAGCAGCUGUCGGCUCCGGCCAGAGAGAGACGGUGGAGAGAGAAAGAGAGAGUGAGAUUUAAGUGGAUGAAAAUGAAGGACAGAGGGAAGAGAGUCUUCAUUGGAGUGAAGCUGUAAAAAGGAAACUUUUAAGAGAUGGAUGGUUGGAUGAUUAGAACAAAUAUUGUAAUGAACAAAUAAUCAUUCCCUUUUGCUUUUUUA